AUGGCAAUCAGCAGCACACAGAGCACAGCACCUACAAUAACACCAAGCAGCACACUGAGUACAGCACCUACAGUAACAAUGAGCAACACACAGAGCACAGAACCUACAAUAACACCAAGCAGCACACAGAGUGGAGCACCUACAAUAACACUGAGCAGCACACUGAGCAAGGCACCUACAAUAACAGUAAGCAACACACAGAGCACAGCACCUACAAUAACAGUGAGCAGCACACAGAGCACAGCACCUACAAUAACAGUGAGCAGCACACAGAGCACAGCACCUACAAUAACAGUGAGCAGCACACAGAGCACAGCAUCUACAAAUAACAGUGAGCAGCACACAAAACACAGCAACUAUAAUAACAGUGAGCAGCACACACAGCAUAGCGCCUACAAUAACAGUGAGCAGCACAGACAGCACAGCACCUACAAUAACAGUGAGCAGCACACAGAGUACAGCACCUACAAUAAUGCUAAGCAGCACACAGAGCACAGCACCUACAAUAACAGUGAGCAGCACACAGAGCACAGCACCUACAAUAACACUGAGCAGCGCAUAGAGCACAGCAUCUACAAUAACAGUGAGCAGAAAAUAAAGUACAGCAUAUUCAAUAGACUACUGACAUAA